UAUAGAAAUUAACAAAAUUUUGGUUUACAAAAUAUGUACACAGAUGAGGUGAGAACACCUCAGGCCCUCAAAAGUCGAUACUUCACCAAUCUGGGUGAUCUAAAUUGCCGGACGCGCAGGAACAGCGCCACGGGCAAUAGUUCUGUGGCGUCUGCUGCAACGCCAACUAAUGGCGGCAAGCAAAAUACGAAAUGUAGCCCACAAAUGUCCACUCUGGUGUGUACGCCACCGCCUAAGCGCUUCCACAAGAUUCGGAAUCCCUUCGAAGGCGCUCUGGCGGACCGUUUGCACCUGCCUCUGAUUGCCAGUCCUUCGCUGUUCCGCGCACGCACCCCCCAACUCUCGUCCACGCAGUUCGAGUGGAACAUCGACGAGGUGUCCCAGCUGACGCCCGCCGAUGUGGAGCCCCACGAAACGCAGUUCCACGACUCGCCCGACCCCGAGCUGGAGAGCAAGGCCCAGAUGGCGAUCAGUGCCUUCUUCAAGGAAUCUCUCAUAGUACCCAGCCCAGUGGACUGUCCGCUGCGCAAGAACCGCAUCAUACUCAACGCGGACCAUACGCCCAUCUCGAACAAAUCAUCGAGCGGCCGACGGGGGAGGGACUGCAGUGUCCAGACCGAACUGACACUGCCCCCUAUCCUGCCCAAGGCGCUAGAGGAGGCGCUGCGCCCCUACUUACAGCCCCAUCUGGCUGGCGGCACGUCAGGUCGUUUCAAGUCCCGCUCCAGUGGUAGCGACGUCUUCAACAGCUCCAUGAGGCGCAAGCUGUUCGAUCUUCACAAUGUGAUUGUGCUGGGCGAGAAGGAGGCAGCGCAGUCCCCCCAAAUGGUUGGCUCCAGUCCGCAGGGCAAGCAGACUAUGUUCGCCGGCAGACUCUCGGACUCGGCGUCAGGUGAGGGCAGCUUUGGGUCCCUCUCUCCCAUCAGGAACCUGUGCGGCCUGCCUUUGGGGACCCCAGACGACGGAAAUCGCUCCUCCAAGCGUAAGCUGCUGCUAAUAAACGAGCUGGAGUUUCCCUCGCCAAUAGCUCCCCCUGAGCAUCUCAGCCGUCGCUUGGUGCACUCCAAAGUGGAGGCCAGCAUCAGCUCGAAUGAACAGCACGAUACGUUGUCGGAGCUGACCGGAACGGGACGACCGGCCUGCCGAUUCACUCCAGAUCGUAGCUCCUCGCCGAUGCAGGCACUAGAGCAUUCUGAUUCCAGUAUCAACCAGCGGGUAAGUCGGCUGAGAGUGAACAGCACGCGGCAGUUGCCUAGCCAGUCGUUCCUGGAGACUGUGGACCAGGCUCUGUUUGAGGAGGUAGAAGCGGACGACACAGACGAGCCCGAGGCCGAUCCAGAAUCGGACGAGGAUGAGGAGGAGGCCGAGGCCAUGCAGUUGUCUACGAUCAGCUUCAACUGCAGCUCCUCCAACUCGGACACACCGCGCGGACACCGCCGCCACCGUUCGGCCAAUCGUAAAAACCUCUCGCAAUCCUUUAGUGCCAAUUUGGAGGAAGUGGAGGCCCAGCGGGUAAAGACAGCUCCACCUGUGAUCAAUCCGCCGGCGCAGCGCAUUGGUCUCUAUCGCGUGGACAGUGGCUUUAACGAGACGUCCAUCAUAUCGACAUUCGCCUGCUCCCAGGACAUCUCCAUGGCCUGCUGCUCGACGCCCUCCACGCGCCCCUGACACCACAAGCAGUUGAAACUAUUUUAAUGCAAUAACUCAUCUUCCCAGGCUAUAGAGGAAGACUCGCUUAAUGAUUGCAAUGUAACCCACCGAUACUACGGCCUUAUCUUUAGUUCUGUAUUUUUGUUUGUGUUUUUUUUAUUGUCUUAUAUUCAUGCGUGUUAAGCUCAAAUUAAUCACUUGUUUAUUUCACACUCCCCGUAUUCUACACCUACGUGUUUGCCAAAAAAUUGUAUGUUUAGUUUCGGUAUUUAUAGAGUUAAUUCAUUGUGUCAUUGUAUAGUUUAA